GAGCGUCGGGAACGGCGCUCUAUGCUUGCUUGUUGGGUCGACAAUAAUAUCAUCUGUGUCAACCUUCGUCUCUGUUCCGGACGGAGGCCCUGUCGGCCUCGAUCGCCUGCAGUACGAUGGUGCAUUCCAGACUCUCCCCGUCCGUAUCUCGCCGGUUACUACGAAGCCUUGUGAGGAACCCAGGCGUUGACUUCUUCUAUUCCAAACCUCCUCGAUCAAGAUCCUUUGCACAUAAACCCUCGCUGCUGCUGGUGGCUCGACCCAUACCCCGACCACAACUACCAUUCCUUCAUCCAGUUUCUCGAACGAACGUUGUUCAAGCACAGAUUGGACGAUUCAUCUCGACGGAACGAAAGCAGCGAUGGAAAGCCCAAUUUUGGCAGCAACUGCGUUUCCAUGCCUACCUUUGGCCGUCACUCUUACUCGCCACCAUUUUGACAAUGGGUAUACAACAAGUCAAGUUCGAACGAGACUAUCCUACUCCUCGAGAUUGGUCGUUCUGGAGCAGGUGGCUGCUGCGAAAUGCCAAAUUCACUGAAUUCAGUGACGAUGCCAAACUCCAGCAGGUUCUGACAGACUGGGCCAGGGCCGGACGUUACUACCUGGAUGUACUAGCAAGACUGGAGAGCGAAGACCAGGAUGGGAAAUUUCUCAUGCCUACAGAAGCAAGCGGGACGUAUGCGGACAGCCUAGGAAUAGCCGGGUAUGACAUAAGUGCGAAAAGUGAGCAGUGGCGGCGAGGGUAUCACGAUACGCUCAUGGGCGCCGGACGCGUGGCAGAGAACCUGGAUGGGAUGUGUAGGAGGAUAAGAGAGGUCAGUGGACGUGUAUACCCAAGAGAGAGUAUACCAGGACCCGACAAUCCCAGGCCGAAGCCACUGCCGUGGGAUAAGAAGAAGGGACACGAAAAAGCACCUACCGCGGAGGAGGUUGAAGAUGCUUUCCCAGCGCCAGAGAUGUUCUACAUGAAGGUGCUGACAACAGACGGGUUCGACACAAGACAACGACUGGAAGCGGCUUUGGCAUACGCCGACUGGUGUGAUUUUAGGGGCCUGAAUGAGACCGCCGAAGACACUUACCAAUGGGCUAUGGAUAUCGCUCAAUCAGGUCUACGAAACGGAAGCACAUCUGUUGUCGAUACGAAGACUGGCAUGAUCGUGAAAGGAAAAGAAGACGAAGUCACCGAGAAUAUUCUCAAUGUAUGCACUUCCUAUGCUGUCCAUCAUGCCAAAGCUGGAAACGUCAAGCAAGCAUUGCCUGUUUUCCUAAGCGUAUUGCGAGCUCGAAAGAACCUGCCCCCUUCGCCUUAUGGCGUCACGGGAACACCCAGACAGAACAACGAGGACGAAGGAUGGUGGUCAUAUCUCUAUGCACUCAAAGAUAUGCUCAUUGACAAGCCCUAUCCUUCAGCACCUCCAGACGGCAAUGAACGACCUUAUCACACGUUGAAGGAAGCUUGUGAAGAAGUGGGUCUGAUGACUUACAUUGGAGAGAUUCUCUUUGCAACGAGUGAUAGCGAAAGAGAGAAAGGUCUAAGCUGGACACGGGACAGUGUUGAAGCUGCUGAAGCCGUCAUGUGGGUGAUGGAGGAACAAAAGGAGGAAGAUGGCAAGGAACGAUGCCGUGAGUGUCUGGAAACAGGCCUAGAGAACUGGAAAGACAUGUCUCGACAGAUGGCUCGUCUAGCAGCAAAGAAAGAACAGGAUAUCGCAAGCGGAUCAGGGUUCUUGGGACUCGGCCUAGGCAAAGCUUCACAGGUUGCGAAGGCUCACAAAGAGACACAGCGAUGGGAGGAGGAAAAUGUACAGAUUGAGCUGAGACGGCAGAAGACGGUACCUCUGACACAACCCAUCAAGCCUCCUGCUCAAGGACUGUUAUGAAAUUGAGUCACAGAAGCACCUCAUGGGCAUCGAAUGAGGCAAUGAGAAUGAAGUUAUGAAGCUCUCCCAUGUCGAAAAGGACAGCGCAUCCCUGAUUCACUCCGGGUGCACGCCGUAGCUGUACAGCUUGUUGAAAACGGAGCGUGCUGCGCGGACAAUGGGGUACAAUCACUGGCGGUCAUCACAAUGACAACAGUCUCUUUGCGCUGGCGGUCGACUGAUAGACAACGAGAACAGUAGCGAACGCAGCGGUGUUCGCUCGAUGGCAAUAUG